UCUUUAUUAUUUACAACCCUUCCCUGUGGAUCACUCAUUCCCGCAUCCACCCCUGCUGCUUCUAAUUUAACCCAAUUCCCUCCCUUUCGCGUGCAACUCUCUUCCCCCGUAGUUUCCUGGCAUAGGUAAGCAUCAUGUCCGUCCCCCUGUCCCUCCUCUCCACUUUCUGUGAAGCACCUGCAUCGACUCCACAAAUAUGCACCACUCCCCCAUUUUCUGCCUCGAAUUUUGUUCCUCUGCAUGUGUGGUGGCAUGAGCGGCUGAUGGGCUGCUUGUGCGCCUUGCCCACUUUGCGCAUGUAUGCCCACUACCCCUUCCCCCUCCUCCCUCCCUCCCUCUAUCCCUACGAUUGUGGUGCUGUGCGAGUGCCAUUGCGGGUUUCCCCGGGUGAUGAGCCUGUCCGCCUCGCUCGCUAUUUGGCGUGGUUCACAUGUGUGCCACCGCUGUGCCCCUCACCUCCUUUUCUGCACCACCCUUUCCACCUGUUCAUUUGAACGCCACUGUUUGACUAGCCCCGCCGGGCACACAUACAUCACGGUGCUUGGGAGCUAUUUAUCCAGGCAUAUAUCCAGCCAUUUUCUGGUCAAUUGGGCAUUGACUGCCGAUGACAAGCGGGCCGGGGCGCGUUAAUGGCCAAAAAAUG